AUGACUGUGAAAUCAAAAUCCAGAAUUUCGCAUUACGAAGUGCUCGGCGUACCCGUAGAUGCCUCGACCGAUGAAAUUAAGCUGACAUACAGGAAAAUGCUGUUAACUCUACAUCCUGACAAGAGCAAGACAGUGCCUAUAGACUCUACCAUUAAGAUACGAAGCGGAGUGUCAAUCAACCAAAUUCAGGAGGCGUACAGAGUUCUUUCAAAUGAUCAACUGAGAGCUGCAUACAAUAGAGCGUUAAAUGAUUCAAAUAAAUUGGCUGGUUUUAAUAAUUUCGGCGAUGGGCUAGAUGAAUUCAAUCUUGACGAGUUCGAAUUUAAUGAAGAGAAGCUGGAAUACGUCAUGACUUGCCCUCGUUGCCAGUCCGGUGGUGGUUUUGUUCUGUCAGAAGAUAUGCUUGAAGAAUGCAUCGAGGACGGUCUGACGGAAUCAGAAGAGCAAGGUUACCAAGUUUUAACACAGUGUACAGCUUGUAGCCUUUGGUUAAAGGUCAACUUUUUCAUAAACGAUGAAGAAGAAUAA